AUGAACUGUUGCAAUUCACAACGCACCUUAAACGAUCAGAUACAAAUGAACCUUGGCUAUUCGGCUCUUGAGGAAGUCAAAGAUUGUCGAUACGAGAGCGUCACCAGUCAGCUUUUCAAGAAGCAGAACGAGGAGAUCACUUCACAACUCUCAGUGUUUCAAGAGAGACUGAUAGCCUUCGCCAAGGAGCAUAACAAUGAUUUGAAACAGAAUCCCGACCUGAAAAUCAAGUUCUUAAGGAUGUGUUCAAGAAUUGGUAUUGAUCCUAUUACCCUUUUUGAUAGACAGAGACAUUUGUUUGAUGUGAACGACUUCUACUACGAGAUUUGUCUCAAAGUCAUUGAAAUUUGUAGGAUAACGAAGGAUCUUAAUGGUGGAAUUAUAUCGUUUGAAGAAUUGCUCGAAGGCUUCCCCACAGCUAAAAUCGCCAUGGAGGAUCUUGAGAAAUCCGUGGAUAUGUUACAAACUUUGAACGGUGGGUUCGAUAUUAUACUCAUAAAAGGUAAAAAAUGCCUAAGAAGCGUUCCAACAGAAUUAACCAGUGAUCAGACUAAAAUUCUAGAAGUGUGCUCAGUUCUAGGUUAUGCCAGCGCUUCACUCCUGCGGGUAAAUCUCGGUUGGACUCAAUAUCGAAGUAAUGCCAUUCUGGAAGAAAUGGUGGCAAUAGGUCUUUUGUGGAUAGACGAGCAGGCGGUGGGGGAAACUUUAUUCUGGGAUCCGGCAUGGAUACAUCAUUCAGAUAUUGGCAUUUGA